AUGUCAAACAACGCCGAAUCUGCCGCCUUUGUGUAUGAGCCCGUACCAUUGACGAAAAAUCUGCACGCAAAGGUGUAUGGCGCUAUACAUCCUUCACAGCCUCAAGUUUCCCAAGCCGGGAAGACUGUUCUCAUCACGGGCGGAUCUGCUGGUAUCGGAUACGCCAUCGCAAAGAACUUUGCUUUGGCUGGUGCAGAUAAAGUCAUCAUCGCUGGCAGAACAUGUCGAAAGCUUGAUGAGGUGAUGGCAAGACUCUCCCUUGAUCACAGCGAUAGUGUCACAAAGUUUGAGUCGGUAGUCUGUCAGAUGUCUGAUUCCAGCAGCAUUGAUCAGAUGUUUGACAACUUGGGUGCAAAUUGUAUUCAUGUAGACGUCUUGGUUCUCAAUGCUGCUCUAAAUGUGGAAGGUACGUUGUCGGAUCAAGGUUGGGAGAAGGCGUGGGAGCAAUUCGUGGUCAACACUCGCGCACUACACCAACUUUGCGAUCGACUGCACCAGCAAGAUGCGCAAGGGAAAAGAAAGGUAUAUGUCCCGUCCUCUCUCUUAGAAUAUCGCUAA